AUGCUAGCGCGAAAUAUCGAUACUUUGAAGCCCUGGCUUGGCUGUGUUUUCAAGAGAUUUGUAGUGGUACCGGCAAGUGGUGAUAAGAGCAGGCGUCGCCGGCGGAAUGUUAGAAACGUCAGACGAGACGUAUCUGUCGAGGACUUGGAGCUUGAUAAAACGCUUAAUUUGACUGAUCCGCGAGAACUAGAAUUUAAGCUGCGGCAGUUGCGUGAGUUUACAAGAAACCUGCAGGCGCAAAUUCGAGUCGCAGACGAUUUAACCCACAAAGACGCCGCCCAAAAAGAGCUUACCAAAGAAGAGCUUAGUAAACAAAAUAACACCGAGGCCACUGCCAACUUAAUUUUGGGGAGCAAAAGUGGAUUGACGCUCUCUCAACAAAAUUCGAAUUUAAACACAUCAGAAAUGAAUCUGUCUUCGUUUAUUUUGAGUACGUCUCGCCAGGCCCAGAAAUUUCUGCCACAAAUCCUACUUGACCGAAUAAAUGAUGACGAGCUCGUAUUAAAAUCACUCAUAAACCAUCGCAGCAGUGACUGGAAUAGCAUUGUGUCCAAAUUAUACAACUGUCCUGAAAAGCUUCAGGGCGUCAGUCACCGUAUUUUGAAAGUCUUCAUACUUCCCAAAGUAUCCUAUCUUUCGUUGAAAAAUAUUCGCAAACUGGACUCUAUGCUAAUGGAUUACAUUGGAAAUGAUGGAACUAGGUUCACCACAGCCAUGUACGAAUGCAUGUUUCUAAACUUGUCGAAUAUAAAAAGUUUUCCAAAUUCGACUGUGAGCGAGACUUUCGAGUUCAUAGAAUCCCUUCUGCAACGAUUUGAUGCAGCUCAGAGCUUAUUGUUGCAGGAAAAAAUAACCGAUGGCUCUACUGGUACCUCAUUGAUUCCCAAGGCAGAGAUGAACCAGCUUAUAUUGAACUGUUGCAUCAAACUUGCAUCAAGACUAUCAGAUACGCAGAAGAUGAAUUAUUUUCUAUCUAAAUUCAAGCAAGAUUAUGAUAUUUUGCCUAACAGAGAGAAUUACACCACGAUUGCUCAAUACUAUAGCAAACUUGGACUCUUCGACCAAGCCUGGGACUUAUUUGCGACCAUGAAAUUUUUAUCAGCAGAGCAUAAACCUGAUACCAAGACUUACACAACAAUGCUCAAUAUUUGUGCUAAAGAGAAGAAUUACUCAAAGGCCAUAGAUCUUUUUAAUGAAAUGGCAGAUUUGAAAAUCGAAACGUCUGCUGAAACACUAAAUGCAUUGACAAAAGUUUUAGCGGUAGCUAGUGGCGAUCCAGUUUCCAGCGAGGGCAAAGGUGAGUCACUGAGACUAUUGGGCUGGAAGUAUCUGCAUCAAAAUGAGGAUCUCGUCAACAUGCGGGGUCGAAACCUAGAAGACACAAUCAUGACGAUGAUGGCUCUCUGUGCCUACGAUGGUGACGCAGGACUCGCCAGGGCAUUGUACUUCAAGUACACUACAGCCAAAUUUACAGAAAAUCAUAACAAAUGGAAAAUGAAUCACGGCGACUCGAAAUCUGUUGAUUUCAAGGUUCUGUGGUCUAAGUCGCUCAAUCCCUAUCUCUUCAACUAUUUGUUGCUGGCAUAUGCUAAUUACUCUCCUGACAAGCUGCCACUGUUAUUGGGGUUUGAUCAAGGGGCUAUUACCAGACGAAACUUGAUUAAUAGUGUCGAUUACAACUAUAAGUUUGAUGAAGCUGAAAACGGACUUCCUCUUCGGCUACCAAUGCUACCAAUAGCAGACUUCAAUCAAGGUACACAAGUCCUUUUGGAAUCCCGCGCCCUUUGGCAAUUUAAUCUUGGCUAUGGUGGUACUUGCGAUUUGAGAGAAGAACCCGGAGAUCUUUCAACAAAAAUCACUAAAAUAGUGGAGUCUAGUGAUUCUUUGGACGAUUUCGCUUUCCGAAUUUUGCAUCAAAUUGCUUUGUGGAAAUCUACCUUAGUUAACCACAAUGUUUUGAGCACUAAAUCAUUCAUGUCAUUUUUGACCAUUCCUAUUAAAAUGGGUGACAAGACUGAGUUUUUGCUUCGGCUCUCAGAAUUCUCUUUUCAACAGGGGAUGUUGAAUGACCAGAUUUCAUCUCUUUACAACAAAGUAAAAUCGAGAACACUACCAGAAUCAGAGGAAAGCUCUCAAUCGCAAGGUCAAGAUUUAAAUCCGACCGAUAAUACAGAAGUACAAGCUACGUUUAGAUAUUUGUUUUCCAUGAAGCACAAAAUUUUAAGAGAUUCCAGUGUACAUGAAUUGGCAAUGAGGGCAGCUGUGAAAUUCCAAGAUGUCAAACUAGCCACGCAAACUUGGGAAAGUCGCGGAGCUUUCAGAAAGACUGCAGCAUUUCAAAGGCUAGCACCUGCUGAAAGGGCUAAAAAGGACACCGCCUUUGCUUCGUUGAUGGUGGAUUUUUUCACUGAUCAACAAAUGUUCAGUGACGCCAUGGGUAUCAUAAUGUCGUCGCAAAGACAUAUUUCUUGGAAUUACGCAAUGGUCAAGAAACUUCACGGUAAAUUGGUGGAGCUGGAAGACAAAAACAGUAUCAGAAUACUUAUAGAGAUCGUGAACAAACGAUCAAAACUAGACAGUAUCGAGCCCACAACUGCGAAGUAG